GGCAUGUGGGAUCUUCCCAGACUGGGGGACGAACCCGUGUCCUCUGCAUCGGCAGGCGGACUCUCAACCACUGUGCCACCAGGGAAGCCCCACCACUGGCUAUUUUUAGAGAAUUUAAGAUUCAGAAGAACAAGUGGCAGUCUGUAAGGGACAAGAACAUGAAGGAGCCAACUAAUGAAAGAAACAUGGGUCUCUAAAUGCUGAUGUGAAACAAAGCCCACCUUCAUUGGAAUGGCCCACUGGUGAACUUCAACACUCUUCCUUGAAGAAAAUUAGCAUCAUUCUGCAAAGACCUCUGGCAUAGGAGCCAGAAGAACUGGACUAAAAACUAGCUUCUCACCAUCUGUGUACACACUGGCUACUCCCAGCUCCAAAGGUGCCUCUUCUGUACUCUCUUCCUGAACUUGAGUCAACUCAAAACUGCAGAGGUCUCCCUCGCCCUGCCUCCACCCGCGAACCUCCCAACCAACCUGUAGGGCACGUCAACCUCUGAGUACUAGUGGGGACAGCGGUGGCUGGCCAGAAAACGGAUUUGCUCACCAACCUGGAAUCUGUAUCUUGGAUCAGAGCCGAGGAUUUACAGCUGCCGCAGCCUCCACCAAAGCAGAAAGGCGAGCCGCAUGUAGAUGCUGUACAAGCCACAAGAUGGCAGGAGUGGUUUAUGGAACCGCUGACUCAGCUGGGGCCAUCCAGAGAGCACUUUGAGGGAAGAACUUGUAGACCCCAUACAAGGAGGGUUGGAGGUGGGAAACCAAGGUCUCUUUCCCCACUUCUUUUUCCCGAGGGGAGAUGCUAAAAGCUUCUUACAGGUCUAUACUAGAUUUGUGAGAGCCACAAGGAAGGCAAAAGUUUCUGAGUAGAUGCUUCUAACAUCCUCAGAGAAGAGUUCCCCUGAAUCCUCAUGAGAAUGUGCAAAUUCAACAUUCUACUCCCAAGAACACUUUGGCCUACAGAGGAAAGCCACCACUAGCUCUAAAACUAAAAUCCAGAGCUUGGCUAUAAUCCACUCCUCAAGAGAGCUAGAACUGGCUGAGGUUCUGUGUCAACAAUUGUAUUUUUUUUUCUUGACUGUGUUUUUGUCCCUGUCACCAUCUCACCAUCCUUAACCCAAAUAUUAAACCUGGUUUGACUGGAACUCUAUCUUGGGCUUAGCUGCAUUCUAUGGGUCUUUCUGGGAUAAGGAGAGUGGGAGAGAUGGAUGUCAUCAUGGAGGAUGACAUGGGGAGAGAAGAGGGUGAAAAGAGAGAAUGGAUGAAAAAUUGUGUUGAGGAUGGAGGAGGAGCCAACAAAAGAAGGAUGUUUCAGGAACCAACACAUUAUCACAGACUCAAUAUACAUCUUCCUUGCUGACCAUUUCCUGACCUGACUCCACCCCUGAGGGACACAGCUCAGCCUUGACCAAUGACUUUAAAGGAUUAGGGGGAACAAAGGGCCAGAAGUUCAGCAGUAAAGAAUAAAAGGUCACACCUUCCAGCAGCAGCACAGACUUGCUUCUGACACUUCUGUGAUCACCAGUAAGCUUCAAGACCUGACAUCAUGGUGCAUUUUACUGCUGAGGAGAAGGCUGCUAUCACUGGCCUGUGGGGCAAAGUGAAUGUGGAAGAGGCUGGAGGCGAGGCUCUGGGCAGGCUCCUGGUUGUCUACCCCUGGACCCAGAGGUUCUUUGACAGCUUUGGCAACCUGUCCUCUCCCUCUGCCAUAAUGGGAAACCCCAAGGUCAAGGCCCAUGGCAAGAAGGUGUUGACAUCCUUUGGAGAUGCUGUUAAGAACAUGGACAACCUCAAGGGCGCCUUUGCUAAGCUGAGUGAGCUGCACUGUGACAAGCUGCACGUGGAUCCUGAGAACUUCAGGCUCCUGGGCAACGUGAUGGUGAUUAUUCUGGCUUCGCACUUUGGCAGAGAAUUCACCCCUGAGUUGCAGGCUGCUUGGCAGAAGCUGGUGGCUGGUGUUGCCACUGCUCUGGCCCACAAGUACCACUGAAUUCUCCUUUCAGUUCACCAUUUUUAGUCCCCAAUGCCUUCCUUCUACACAUGGGGAUUGGAGUUUGGCCUUGAGAGCCCGGCUUCUCUUUAAUAAAGUACAUUCUGUUCAGUGAUCAAAAAUUAA